ACCAGAAAAGGAAAAUUAAGUGUUUGAUUGUCAAAAAUUUUCUGGGAGAGGACCCCCAACCCAUCAUUUCAUGUGUCCAUCCGUGUUUAAGUGAAACCUGCGCCCUUGUUUUUGUGAUCUUUAGAUUUAUUUAAUGUCUCAAUUUGAACCAAUUUUCUCUUAAAUCUAGAUUAGACAGACUCGUGAAUGUUUGUUCAGAAACAAAUCAUGGAGCUAAUAAUUUGUCUGUUUUAGGCUGAACUUUCCUUUCAGUGAAUACAGGGCUAGUAAAUACCUCCUUGGAGUACCAUCCAUCCACCUGCAGCUCCUGUGGUCAGACACUGACAUCUGGUGGUAAAUACAGGUAACAGCAGUGGGCGGAGCUCCCGGUAAAUCUCCAGCCAGGAUCACUUCACACGAGAGGAGGAAAAACAGGAGAGCGUCCGGCCGUUUGAAGACAGACUGAAACAGAUAACGGUUUAUUUUACCUUCAGCUGCUCCGUGCACACACCACAACAUGUCUUUCUGUAAAUUCUUUGGCGGUGAGGUCUACAAGGAUCAUUUCAAACCAGGUAUAUAUGUGUGCUCCAACUGUAACCAUCCACUGUUCGCCAGUCGGUCCAAGUUCGCCCACUCGUCUCCCUGGCCGGCUUUCACAGAGACCAUCAGAGAGGACAGUGUCACCAAGAUGAUGGAGACUCUCACUGCCUACAAGGUUCUGUGUGGCAAGUGUGGCAACGGGCUAGGCCACGAGUUUGUAAAUGACGGCCCAGAGGAAGGAGUGUCACGGUUUUGAAUAUUCAGUCACUCGCUCAAGUUUGUCCCCAACAAAGGUAAGGACAAGCAGUAAAGAGCGAGCUAUGACUUUCCACUCCAGCUGCUGUAUCUGCUGCUCGGUCCAGGAACUGUGAUCAGGUCGGGUCAGUGGGUGACGUGAACGGGAGAAAGGCCUGAGAAGGACGUCCUGUCCACUGAAGAAUCUUUGACCAGCCUGUGACACAGUGACAAGACCACACCUCUGCAAUAUCUUACAUUCCUUCAUUACCUCAUAUUUAAACACACAUUAACUUAUUAUUAUGUCACUUCUAAUACAGUGUGUCAGCAGAUGGCACUUUAGCAACAAUUCAGUUUUUUCGGACACAGAAAGAUGCAACAACAUCAUCUUUUUCACUGUCACUUAAAUUUCACAUUACUGCUGGUAUCAUUUACUCCCAUUCACCUCCUUAAGGUAAAUAGAACCAUAAUAUCUAUGCACCGAAGAAGUCCACCUUCCUUGUCAGUCUGCACUCUCUGUGGCUCUUUGUAUGUUUAUUUCAAGAUUAUUCAACAGCAAUGAAACUAACUGCAUUUAUCAGCUACAUUUUUUUCAUAUUUUUCAUGUACUGUAAGCAGGUUUACUUGAACAGAUACAAACAAUAAAUUAUAGUUUAACAGA